UUAGAUGGAUGGGACCGACGAUCUCCCGUCGGAGGUAUGCGUAAUCCCAUCUUAUUUCUCAAUCAAGAUUAUUCGGGGUAGGGAAUCCCGCAGAGUGGUCACUAUGACUGAUGUUGAGUAAAUUCAGGAACACACCUUUCCCCCCUCCCCCCUGCGGCCACUCUGAUGACGAGGAACGAACAUGCCACAAGGGACUUCCAAUGGAUUCUAGUGCGGUUCUGGCGAGGUGAAGGCGGUGCGGAGAGGUCCUUCGGUGUCCCCCCCCUUGCGCCACAAAUCAAGGUUUUAACACACGGAGCAAUUAUUCGCCAUCCGCGUCUUAGCUUUGCCACCCCCCGCUCCCGCUUUCACGGAAUCGGCCCCUCGAGCACCGGCCUCCACAAGGCGCGCAUGAGAGCAUGUUCCUCCUCGCUUAGGCAACAGAAUGAGUCGAGCCUCCUACCUGAACAAGAGGGGGGUGGGGGCUUUCUCGCUCAAUGCAAUCCUUUGAUCAUGAUCGGGAAGCGGUGGUACAGCCGUGUGCCACAUGCACUAGUACUGGAUGAGAUCAAUCUGCUCGUAACCCCCUCGGAUGAUCGAGCCUUGCGCAACAGCGAGCUACAGACCUCAUCCCGUGUUUUUUCCUUUUCGGGAUUUUUAUCGCGUGCGAACCUAACAUCUUCGACUUUUUGGUUUUAUCGUUCCCGAGUUUAGUUUUUCUUCCUUCCUCUCUCAUUUACGUCUCCCCCCCCUCGCUUAACAAGGAUUAGGAGUUUUGGGGGGACAUCUAGGCUCCGGUAAUUCUUACAUUAUGCAGACCACAUCAUCGCCCGGUACGGUAGUGGGGAGCCUGAGACGUGGUGCAAAUGACACAGCUACACCGGAGAAAGUCACCUUGACAAUCGAUCAUCA